CGCCACCGGCCAGUCGUCUAGUGAACGCUUCGAUCGUUUGGAACGCUGUUGUUGUGUUACUAUAAGUGCGUGCGUGAGUGAAUAACAGGCAUCAUGAGGCUGAUCGGUUCAGCUGUCUCGUCGGUGGUGUGUCUCGUACUGGCACUGGUCCACAGUGGCCACAGUCAACAGUCGACCACCAAGGUCCUGUGUUACUACGAUGGCGGAAAUUUCCUCAUCGAAGGACUUGGUAAAGUCUCGCUCAAUGACAUCGAAACCGCGCUGCCGUUCUGUACCCAUCUAGUCUACGGAUAUGCCGCUGUUGAUCCCGAAUCCAACAAAGCCAUAUCACGCAAUCCAAAUCUCGAUUUGGAUACCGGAAAGGGACACUAUCGACAGAUCACUCAACUGAAACGCAAAUAUCCCUCGCUCAAGGUGCUGCUGGGAAUCGGUGGUUACCGGUUCUCGGCCGCCUCUCCCAAGUAUCUUGAACUGCUGGAAAGUGGUGCCUCUCGAAUUACUUUCAUCAACAGUGUUUACGCACUUGUGAAAACCUACGAUUUCGAUGGAAUCGACCUAGCGUGGCAAUUCCCCCAGAAUAAACCAAAGAAGAUCCGUUCCACUGCGGGUAAAUUGUGGUCUGGAUUCAAGAAAGUUUUCUCCGGCGAUUCAGUGCUGGACGAGAAAGCCGAUGAGCAUCGCGAGGAAUUCACCGCUUUGCUGCGAGAGCUGAAGAAUGCCUUCCGGUCGGACGGCUACCAGUUGGGUAUCACGGUACUGCCACAUGUCAACGCCACUCUGUUCAUGGAUAUACCUGCGAUCAUCAACUAUUUGGACUUUGUCAACAUCGAAGCGUUCGAUAUGCAGACCUCGGAGCGUAACCCGAAGGAAGCCGAUUACGCUGCCCCGAUCUACGAACUGAACGAUCGCGUAGCUGGGAACAACGUUGAUGGUUUGGUUCGAGUUUGGUUAUCGAACAACGCUCCCGCUUCCAAGCUGAUUGUCAGCAUUCCAACCCAUGGUCGCGGAUGGAAGUUGACCGAAGACUCCGGCCUGACUGGGGUGCCUCCGCUCACAGCGGACGGUGCCAGCCCAGCUGGUAUGCAGCUCCAGCAGGACGGCUUUUACAACUGGGCCGAAACCUGUGCUAAACUACCGAACCCAAGCAACACCCACUUGAAGGGCGCUGAGGCUCCGCUGCGCAAAAUUGGCGAUCCAACGAAACGGUUUGGAUCGUACGCCUUCCGCCUGGCCGACAGCAACGGUGAACACGGUAUGUGGGUUUCCUACGAGGAUCCAGAUACAGCUGGGAACAAGGCGGCCUACGUGAAAGCGAAGGGACUGGGAGGAAUUGCCAUCAACGACUUGGCAUACGACGAUUUCCGAGGAAGUUGCGCAGGGGAGAAGUUCCCAAUUCUGCGUGCUGCCAAGUUUAGGCUGUAGAAGGUGGUCGUUUGAAACGAUGCUGUUUGUUUGUGUUAUAUAAAAUGAUUGGAAAAUUGUAUUGCUUAGAGCGAUUGAGAAUAAACGGAGAUUUAGAUUUCCUUAAAACUGUU